GGCCGUAGAGAGCGCACAGGCCUGCCGACAAUGCGGUGAUAUCGUGACUCAAGUGUAGUGACUUGUGAUAGAGCGCAGUGAUCGUGCAUUAACCCCAACCCCUGAUAGUGAAACCGGAUUUUAAAUUUGGAACGAUCACGGCGUAAGAGAUUUACGAUGCUGAUAAGGUGUCGGGCGGCACUGAGUGUCGUUACGCUCCUGUUACUAGCUACAACAGCCACGAGCACAGAGGGGAACCUCUUCACUUGUCCCAGUGGCUGGGAGUUAAAAGGCCUACACUGUUACAAGUUUUUCAACAUCAGACAUUCCUGGGAAAAAGCCGCGGACUUAUGUCGAAGAUAUGGCAGCGAACUUAUGGUCAUCGACAGCUAUACAGAGAAUAAUAUGACAGCCAGUAUGGUCCCUUCUAGUCCAAGUUAUAACCAUUACUGGCUUGGUCUUGCUUCAGUCGAUGAUUUGAGAACAAACACUUUGGAAUCUGCAGCUGGUGCUCUUGUUUCGCAAUAUGCAGGCUUUUGGGAUCUUAAGCAACCAAAUCCUAAAAACGGUGAAUGUGUCGAUGUACACGUAUCGGCUGAAAGUCAAUCGUGGGAGCUAACUACUUGCGAAACUCUUUUACCAUUUAUGUGUAAAGCAAGCGCUUGUCCUUCAGGGACCUUCCACUGCUCAAAUGGAAAAUGUAUCAAUGCUGCAUUUAAGUGUGAUAAGCAGGAUGAUUGUGGAGAUGCAUCUGAUGAAAUGGAUUGCUCUUCAGAAUGUCACUUCUAUAUGGCGAGCAGUGGUGAUGUUGUUGAAAGUCCUAACUAUCCACAUAAAUAUCCAGCAUUUAGCGAAUGUAAAUGGACCUUAGAAGGACCCCAGGGUCAAAAUAUUGUACUCCAGUUCCAAGAUUUUGAAACAGAAAAGUCUUUUGAUACCGUUCAAAUCUUGGUAGGUGGUCGUACCGAGGACAAAUCAGUUAAUUUAGCAACCUUAUCUGGCAAGCAAGAUUUAUCCAGUAAAUUAUUUGUAUCAGCCUCAAACUUCAUGAUCAUUAAGUUUAGUUCAGAUAGUUCUGUAGAAAGAAAGGGAUUUAGAGCUUCAUGGAAAACAGAGUCAUCAAACUGUGGAGGAGUCUUAAGGGCGACGCCACAAGGACAAGUUUUAACGUCACCUGGUUACCCAAAUAAUUAUCCAGGUGGCUUGGAAUGUAUGUACAUAAUAGAUGCCCAACCUGGAAGGAUAGUGUCCUUAGAAAUUGAUGAAUUGGAUUUAGAAAUGAAUAGAGAUUACAUUGUCAUCAAGGAUGGCAAUUUGCCUUCCAGCCCAGUUCUAGCUAGAUUAACUGGUCCAGGCGAAGACAAUCAAAAAGUCGUAAUAUCAACAACAAAUCACCUAUAUCUUUACUUUCGAACAAGUCUUGGUGAUUCUAAGAAAGGCUUUAAUAUGAGAUAUUCACAAGGAUGUAGAGCAACCAUAAUAGCAUCUAAUGGCACAUUUACUUCACCUGCCUAUGGUCUCAGCAAUUACCCAAAUAAUCAAGAAUGUCUAUUUAGAAUAAAGAAUCCAAACGGCGGCCCUAUUUCCUUAAAAUUCGACGAAUUUAAUAUUCAUCCUUCUGAUGUUGUUCAAGUUUUUGACGGUUCAAGUACAAACGGGCUCCGAUUGCAUUCUGAUAAUGGUUUUACCAUCAAACCGAGGAUAACUUUAACUGCAUCAAGUGGAGAAAUGUUAGUUCGAUUCAUGUCUGAUGCUUUACAUAAUGGCGCUGGCUGGAAAGCAACGUUUUCAGCAGAUUGUCCACCUCUUAAAUCUGGUAUUGGAGCACUAGCAUCAAAUAGAGAUACUGCUUUUGGAACUACAAUAACAUUCUCAUGCCCGAUUGGACAAGAGUUUGCUACAGGAAAAUCAAAAAUCACUACGAAAUGCUUAGAUGGAGGAAACUGGUCCACAACUUACAUACCUAGUUGUCAAGAGGUGUAUUGUGGUCCAGUUCCGCAAAUAGAUAACGGCUUCUCGAUUGGAUCAACAAAUGUAACAUAUCGGGGGGUUGCUACUUAUCAAUGCUAUGCUGGAUUUGCUUUUCCAACUGGUCAACCUAUUGAAAGAAUAUCAUGUUUAUCAGAUGGUCGAUGGGAAAGAACACCAACAUGUUUAGCUUCUCAGUGUACAGCCCUUCCUGACGUGCCUCACGCUAACGUUACUAUUCUGAAUGGAGGUGGACGAAGCUAUGGUACAAUUGUACGGUAUGAAUGUGAACCUGGAUAUGUAAGAACCGGUCAACCUGUGCUUCUUUGUAUGAGUAAUGGAACCUGGUCCGGAGAUGUCCCAACAUGCACAAAAGCUAUAUGCCCUACUUUCCCAGAUAUAAACAAUGGGUUCAUAGUUGAUCAAAGUAGGAUUUACAUGUAUGGCGAUGAAGCUCGUGUACAAUGUCACAAAGGGUAUAAACUGAAUGGACCCAGUAUUUUAAGAUGUGGACCUAAUCAAAAUUUUGAUGCUGCACCAACAUGUGAAGAUAUAAACGAAUGUCUCAGCAGUCAAUGUGAUUCUGCCUCAACUGAAUGUAAAAACAUGCACGGUGGUUUCUAUUGUCCUUGUCGGACUGGAUUUACUCCGAAUAUGGAUUGCAGACCUGUCGGUGACUUGGGUCUUAUAAAUGGUGCCAUACCUGAUGAGUCAAUUACCACGUCUACUUCGGAACCCGGCUACAGUAAAGGGAUGGUGCGCUUAAAUAACGGAGGUGGUUGGUGUGGCAACAAUUUAGAAGCUGGUGCAAAUUGGGUGCUUAUUGACUUACGUGCUCCUACUAUCAUAAGAGGAUUCCGAACCAUGAGCGUAAUGAGAGCUGAUGCUAAUAUAGCAUUUACAUCAGCAAUAAGAAUACAGUACAGCAACAACUUAACUGAUGUAUUUAAGGAUUAUACAAAUCCUGACGGUACUGCUGUAGAAUUUAGAAUACUUGAACCUACUUUAUCAGUGUUAAAUCUUCCUACACCAAUUGAAGCUCAGUAUGUGAAGUUUAAGAUUCAAGAUUAUGUUGGAGCACCUUGUCUAAAAUUGGAAAUAAUGGGAUGUGCACGACUGGAUUGCAUGGACUUCAAUGAAUGCAGUGAAAAUAAUGGUGGCUGCGACCAAAAAUGUCUCAAUACACCCGGAAAUUAUUCAUGUGCUUGCAAUAUUGGUUAUGAAUUGUAUUCGUCGAAUGGUACUGCUGGGUUUGCUAUUGAAAGAUCCGAAACUGGUGAAAGAGAUGGCGACACCUAUCAACGAAAUAAAUCUUGUGUACCAGUUAUGUGUCCACCAUUAGCGCCACCUGAAAAUGGACUUCUAUUAUCCACAAAAUCUUCGUAUCACUUUGGUGACAUUGUUGAAUUUCAGUGUGAUUUUGGAUAUGUGAUGUCAGGAUUCUCAUCUCUUCUAUGUACUUCAAGUGGUAUUUGGAAUGGUACAGCUCCAGAAUGCCAAUAUGCUCGUUGUGUAACAUUAUCAGAUGAUAAAAAUGAUGGCCUUAAAAUUAUCAGAGAUGAUCCCGAAAGCGUACUAGUUCCAUACAGAGACAAUGUUACAAUUACUUGUACGUCCCCUGGUCGUCAGCUGAGGAAUACUAUCACUUCCGCCUUUAGACAAUGUGUUUAUGACCCCAAACCGGGUCUACCUGACUAUUGGUUAUCUGGAGCUCAACCUCAGUGUCCUCGAAAAGAUUGUGGAGUCCCAAUGCCCACUCCUGGUGCAGAAUAUGGGCAAUAUUUGGACACAAGAUAUCAAAGCUCAUUUUUCUUCGGCUGCCAAAAUACUUUCAAGCUUGCUGGACAAACCAACAAACAUGACAAUGUUGUCAGAUGCCAGGCCAACGGCAUAUGGGAUUUCGGUGAUCUCAGGUGUGAAGGUCCUGUUUGUGAAGAUCCAGGACGUCCUGCUGAUGGUUAUCAGCUUGCAAAAAGUUACGAACAAGGCUCUGAAGUAUUUUUCGGAUGCUCGCGACCUGGAUAUAUUCUAAUAAAUCCUAGACCCAUUAGCUGUAUACGGGAGCCCGAAUGUAAAGUAAUUAAGCCUCUUGGCUUAGCUUCUGGCAGGAUACCUGAUUCAGCAAUUAAUGCGACAUCUGAAAGGCCUAACUACGAAGCUAAAAAUAUAAGGCUAAAUUCAGUAACUGGAUGGUGUGGAAAACAAGAAGCAUUUACAUACGUUAGUGUAGAUUUGGGAAAAGUUUAUAGAGUAAAAGCUAUUUUAGUUAAAGGCGUCGUAACAUCUGAUAUCGUAGGUCGCCCUACUGAGAUAAGAUUCUUUUAUAAACAAUCAGAAAAUGAAAAUUAUGUAGUGUACUUCCCCAAUUUCAAUCUUACAAUGAGAGACCCAGGAAACUACGGUGAGCUAGCGAUGAUAACACUUCCUAAGUAUGUUCAAGCGCGUUUUGUAAUAUUGGGCAUAGUCAGUUUUAUGGACAACGCUUGCUUGAAAUUCGAACUAAUGGGGUGUGAGGAGCCCACUGCAGAUCCAUUAUUGGGUUAUGAUUAUGGAUAUUCACCAUGUGUUGAUAAUGAACCACCUGUUUUCCAAAACUGUCCCCAACAUUCGAUUAUCGUCCAGACUGAUGUAAACGGUGGCCUUCUUCCUGUUAACUUUACUGAACCCACUGCUACCGAUAACUCAGGAGCUAUUGCAAGAUUAGAAGUAACUCCGCAACACUUUAAAACACCAAUACAAAUUUUCCAUAACAUGGUUGUGAGAUAUGUCGCGUUCGAUUUCGAUGGAAAUGUGGCUAUUUGUGAAGUUAACAUUACUGUUCCUGAUUAUACACCACCGAAGCUAAGCUGCCCGCAAAGCUAUGUUAUUGAAUUAGUAGACAAACAAGACAGUUACGCCGUAAAUUUCAACGAUACUCGAAGGAGAAUUAAUGCAACUGAUGCAUCAGGAGAAGUUUUCUUGAAGUUUAUCCCAGAAAGAGCUGUUAUACCCAUUCGAGGGUAUGAAAAUGUCACAGUCAUAGCUUCAGAUAAAUACGGAAAUAAAGCUCAAUGUCAUUUCCAAGUUUCGGUUCAAGCAACCCCAUGUGUUGAUUGGGAAUUAAUGCCACCUGCUAAUGGUGCCCUUAACUGCCUACCUGGUGAUAGAGGAAUACAGUGCAUAGCGACAUGUAGUCCUGGGUACCGAUUUACUGAUGGUGAACCAGUGAAAACAUUCGUCUGUGAAACUAAGCGCCAAUGGGUUCCAACUGCGGUGGUACCAGAUUGUGUCUCCGAAAAUACGCAACAAGCUGCCUACCAUGUAGUUCCUAGUGUACAAUACCGAGCUCUUGGCGCCGUUUCUAAUGCCUGUUUACCGCAAUACAAAGACUUACUUGCGCAGUACGAUAACAUUCUAAAUGAGAGAUUAUCACAAAGAUGUUCAGCCGUUAAUGUCAACAUAAAUGUCACCUUCAUCAAGGCUAUGCCAAGUCUUUUGGAUGAGAAUGUUGUUAAAAUGGACUUUGUUUUAGCUAUUAUUCCAGCCAUUAGACAGACGCAAUUAUACGAUCUUUGUGGAUCAACGCUCAACCUAAUAUUUGACUUAUCAGUACCUUAUGCGAGUGCUCUGAUAGAACCAGUGUUGAAUGUCUCAUCGAUUGGAAAUCAAUGUCCACCUUUAAGAGCAAUACGGAGCUCUAUAUCACGUGGUUUUACGUGUAGUGUCGGAGAGGUGUUGAAUAUGGAUACUAAUGACGUUCCGCGAUGCUUACACUGCCCGGCUGGAACUUUUGCUGGAGAAAAACAAAAGACUUGUACAAUGUGCCCACGUGGUUUCUUCCAAAAUCAAGCACGACAAGGAUCAUGUCUUAAGUGCCCACAGGGUACAUUCACCCGUGAAGAAGGUUCUAAAGACUUAUCUGAUUGUGUUCCCGUCUGUGGCUAUGGAACGUACUCCCCAACAGGCUUAGUACCAUGCUUAGAGUGUCCAAGAAAUAGUUACACAGGUGAACCACCUCUAGGAGGUUACAAGGAUUGCCAAGCGUGUCCCGUAAAUACAUUCACAUACCAACCAGCUGCUUAUGGAAGGGACAAAUGUAGAGCAAAAUGUGCACCGGGGACAUACUCGCCAACAGGAUUAGCUCCAUGCUCACAGUGUCCAAGGAAUUUCUACCAAAAUUUAAUUGGUCAAACAUUAUGUAGCGAAUGCCCAACGAACAUGAAAACAGUAGCAACUGGUGCAACAGGUCUAGAAGAAUGUAUACCUGUAGAAUGUUCAAACAGUGCUUGUCAACAUGGUGGCUUAUGUGUACCCAAGGGACACGGUGUCCAAUGUUACUGUCCAGCUGGUUUCUCGGGUCGCAGAUGUGAAAUUGAUAUCGAUGAAUGUGAAAGCCAGCCUUGCUACAAUGGUGGAACUUGCAUAGAUAUGCCACAAGGGUAUAGAUGCUCAUGUCCAACUGGCUAUGGAGGUAUCAAUUGCCAAGAAGAGAGAUCUGAUUGCAGAAACGAUACAUGUCCAGAACGUGCAAUGUGUAAAGACGAACCAGGCUUUAACAAUUACACAUGUCUUUGCAGAUCAGGAUACACUGGAAUCGAUUGCGAUAUGACGAUUGAUCCUUGCACAGCUAACGGAAAUCCAUGCAAAAAUGGUGCUUCAUGUACAGCCUUGCAACAAGGAAGAUACAAGUGUGAAUGCUUGGCAGGAUGGGAAGGACAACUUUGUGAAACUAAUACUGAUGAUUGUUUGGAAAAGCCUUGCCUACUUGGAGCUCCGUGUACCGAUUUAGUAAAUGAUUUUAGUUGCACAUGUCCAGCAGGAUUCACCGGAAAACGCUGCCAAGACAAAAUAGACUUGUGCUCCAACGAGCCAUGUAAGCACGGUGUCUGUGUUGAUAAGCUCUUUACCCAUCAAUGUAUUUGUGAGCCAGGAUGGUUUGGUCCCUCUUGCGAUAUAAACAUAAAUGAAUGUGUCAUCUCACCCUGUGAGAAUGGCGGGCGGUGUAUUGACGGGAUUGAUGAUUUCACUUGUAGCUGUGAAGCUGGAUAUACAGGAAAACGUUGCCAACAUACAAUCGAUGACUGUGCAUCAAACCCUUGUCAAAAUGGUGCUUCUUGCGUUGAUCAGAUAGACGGAUUUGUAUGCAAAUGCCGUCCUGGAUUCAUUGGGCUUCAGUGUGAAUCUGAAAUUGAUGAAUGCUUAAAUGAACCGUGCAACCCUGUUGGUACAGAGAAAUGUAUUGACUUAGACAAUAAGUACAAAUGUCAAUGUCGCGAAGGCUUUACCGGUGAAAUGUGUGAAACAAACAUAAACGACUGUUCAUCUGAUCCUUGCUUUAAUGGUGGCUCGUGCAAAGAUGAAGUAGGCGACUAUAAAUGUACUUGUCAACCCGGAUGGACUGGAAAACGCUGUGAAAUAGAUAUUGGGAAUUGCGUAAAUCUACCGUGCCAAAACAAUGCAAAAUGUAUUGAUUUGUUCCAGGACUUCUUCUGCGUGUGUCCAAGUGGAACAGACGGAAAGCAAUGUGAAACGGCACCAGAACGGUGCAUUGGUAGUCCUUGUAUGCACGGUGGCAAGUGUCAGGACUUCGGCUCGGGAUUGAAUUGUACUUGUUCUUUAGAUUACACUGGAAUUGGAUGUCAAUAUGAAUUUGAUGCUUGUGAGGCAGGAUUAUGUCAAAAUGGUGCCACCUGUGUAGACGAAGGUGUAGGAUACUCAUGUAACUGUGCUCCAGGUUUCACAGGAAAGAAUUGUGAUGAGGACAUAAUUGACUGUAAAGAUAACUCUUGUCCACCUUCGUCUACAUGUAUUGACCUGCCUGGCCGAUUUUAUUGUCAGUGUCCUUUCAAUAUGACUGGAGAUGACUGUCGAAAAUCUAUCAGCGUAGAUUACGAUCUUUACUUCAGUGACCCAUUACGUUCUAGUGCAGCUCAAGUAGUACCGUUUGACACUAUGUCUGCUGACAGCUUAACAAUAGCAAUGUGGGUUCAGUAUACACAACAAGAUGAAGGUGGAGUUUUCUUCACUGCCUAUGGAGUCAGCAAUUCACAUAUCGCUCUCAAUCGACGCCCAAUUAUUCAAAUUCACUCAAGCGGCGUUCAAGUUUCAAUAUUCCCAGAAUUGCAAGAUAUGUAUUUGAGCUUUGGAGAAUUUGCGACUGUUAAUGAUGGACAAUGGCACCAUGUUGCCUUAGUAUGGGAUGGAAGUAAUGGUGGAGCUCUGACACUUAUAACGGAAGGCUUGAUCGCUAGCAAAUUUGAGGGAUACGGUAGUGGAAGAACUUUGCCACAAUAUGUAUGGGUAACAUUGGGUAAGCCGCAAUCGGAUAAUCCUAAGGCGUAUACAGAAUCUGGUUUCCAAGGACAUUUAACUAAAGUACAAAUCUGGAAUAGAGCACUGGACGUGACAAAUGAAAUUCAGAAACAAGUCCGCGAUUGUAGAACUGAGCCAGUACUGUAUAGUGCUUUGGUACUCAAUUGGGCUGGAUACGAUGAUAUCUUUGGGGGUGUAGAAAGAGUUGUACCAUCACAUUGUGGACAACGCGUUUGUCCAAAUGGUUACAAUGGUUCGAAAUGUCAACAACUCCAAGUGGAUAAGGAACCUCCGCGAGUCGAUCAUUGUCCGGGAGAUUUAUGGGUUAUUGGUAAAAAUGGAUCAUCAAUAGUUAAUUGGGAUGCGCCUGUGUUUAGUGAUAAUGUUGGUGUUGUGAAAGUAGUGGAAAAAUCUGGACACAAACAAGGAGAGAAUUUGGCCUGGGGUUCAUACGAUAUUGCUUACAUAGCAUAUGACGCCGCUGGAAAUGCAGCAACAUGUACUUUUAAAAUCACUGUAUUAUCUGAAUUCUGCCCACCUCUGUCGGAUCCAUUGGGUGGUUAUCAAUCAUGUCGUGACUGGGGCGCAGGAGGUCAAUUUAAGGUCUGCGAGAUAGCAUGCCGUGAUGGAUUGAGAUUCUCUCAACAAGUGCCACCGUUCUACACUUGUGGUGCUGAAGGAUUUUGGAGACCAACCAACGAUCCAACUCUGCCACUUGUUUAUCCAGCUUGUUCGCCUGCAACGGCUGCCCAGAGAGUGUUCAAAGUAUCAAUGUUGUUCCCGAGCUCAGUCUUAUGUAACGACGCCGGACAAGCUGUGCUGCGACAAAAAGUACGAACAGCCAUCAACCAGCUCAACAGGGAUUGGAACUUCUGUUCUUAUGCUAUAGAUGGUACUCGCGAAUGUAAAGAGUUGGAUAUAAACGUGAAAUGCGACCAUCGUGCCAACUCGCGGCAAUCAAGACAAGUUUCAUCUCCUCCAACUGUCAAGUCUGAGGACACAUACGUCCUUGACGCUAUCAUACCCGUGGAAGAGACACGAAGCAACAGAGAAGGGCGGCAGGCCGGUGACACGUACAACGUUGAAAUCUCCUUCCCAUCUGUAAACGACCCUGUUAUCAAUAACGGUAAUAACGAACGAUCGACUGUUAAGAAGCUAUUGGAGAAGCUGAUUCUCGAAGAUGAACAAUUCGAUGUGAGGAAUAUUCUACCGAACACGGUCCCUGAUCCAGCAAGCUUGAAACUCGAAUCCGAUUACGCUUGCCCCAUGGGACAGGUUGUUAUGGCUCCCGAUUGUGUAUCGUGCGCUGUUGGUACAUUCCUGGACGUCGCAAGUGACUCGUGCAAGCCAUGUCCGUCUGGCACAUAUCAGUCGGAAGCCGGACAACUUCAGUGUACACCAUGCCCAACCAUCGCUGGACAAACCGGAGUCACUCAGGCGGUAGGAGCUAGGAGCGCCGCUGACUGCAAAGAGAGAUGUGCUGCUGGAAAAUACUACGAUGCUGAGGCAGAAUUAUGUAGACCCUGUGGCCACGGAUCCUACCAGCCCAGGGAAGGGGCCUUUGCUUGCAUAUCGUGUCCGAGAGGACAAACUACUAGGGCCACAGAAGCUGUGUCUGCAGCUGAAUGUAGAGACGAUUGCCCGUCAGGCGAACAACUAAGUAGCGAAGGUGGUUGCGAGGCGUGUCCCAGAGGAACAUGGCGGGCCAACGGCUCCGGGGCUGCGUGUCAGCCUUGCCCGCUCGGUACCACUACGCCACAGGUCGGAGCGGCGUCACCCGAUCACUGCUCCUUGCCAGUCUGCAGGCCUGGUUCAUUCUUGAAUGUGACACUGAACACCUGCAUCAAAUGCAAGAAGGCCAGCUACCAGCCUCAGAGCCAGCAGACACAAUGUAUUCCGUGUCCCAUCAACACCAGCACCAAGGAGGAGGGAUCGGUAUCGGAGUCGGAUUGUAAUAAUCCAUGUGACAUGAGCGGCCCAGAGAUGCACUGUGACGUUAACGCCUACUGUCUGCUGAUUCAGGACACAAAUGAAUUUAAAUGUCAGUGUAAACCCGGCUUCAACGGCACCGGUAAAGUUUGCACAGACGUCUGCUCGGAGUAUUGCGACAACGGCGGUGAGUGCGUGAAGGACGCACGGGGCGAGCCCUCUUGCCGCUGUGCCGGCUCCUUCACUGGCCGACAUUGUCGCGAGAAGAGUGAGUUCGCGUACAUCGCGAGCGGCGUCGCUGGAGGCGUCAUAUUCAUCAUCUUCCUUGUGCUGCUCGUCUGGAUGAUCUGUGCUAGAUCAACAAAGAAACGGGAACCAAAGAAAACAUUAACCCCAGCUAUUGACCAGAACGGCUCCCAAGUGAACUUCUACUACGGAGCUCACACGCCGUACGCCGAGUCUAUAGCGCCCUCCCAUCACUCGACAUACGCUCAUUACUACGACGACGAAGAAGACGGAUGGGAAAUGCCUAACUUCUACAACGAAACGUACAUGAAGGAGAGCCUACACAAUGGGAUGAAUGGCAAGAUGAAUAGCUUGGCGCGGUCCAACGCGAGCAUAUACGGGACAAAAGAGGAUUUAUACGACAGGUUGAAAAGGCACGCAUACCCGGGUAAGAAAGAUAAGAGUGACAGCGACAGUGAGGGUCAGUGAACAUGGAGCAACGAACAAAUGGACUGCGGUUUGUCGUAUUCUGGUCAAAUUUACAUAAUACGUGUAAAACUCCGUCUUAAUUAUAGAGGCGAAAUAAUUUUUGUAGACGAUACAAUUAUUGCAACAAUUUUUUUAGUUUUUGUUCUGAUAUUCGUGUGUACUACCAGAAUACAUAUUUUAAAUUUUUCUCUAUUACUACGACUACAAAAAUUACUUCGCAUAGUCACUGAUGUACAUGAUUUUGUACUCGUCUAGCUUUACAUUUAGGUUAUUCUCAAUAGAGAUGUACUGAAUAUUCAAUUGAUGAUAUACCUGCUUUAAAUUCCAUUCAACUAUUUGGAUUUCUUCGUAUUUAUAUUUUAUCUCUGAUGCAUUGAAUCCGUCUAAAUUUAUUUUUCAUCUUCGGUUCAUGUAUUACUUUAAUAAUAAUAUAUAAUAAUACAACUAUUAAUAUCUUGUUAAUUGUCUUGAAUUAAGCGAUCUAUCCAAUUCUUUCAAUUGCAAUCUAAAAUAUUUUCAUUGAAUUAUAUAAUGGAAUAUUUCGUACAUCUCGUCUAGUUAUGUGUAUUAACACAAUCACUGUUUCAUCCCCACCAAAUAUAUUUCAAAUGUCACAAAAGUACCGUUCAGUUGAUUACAAAACAGUGGAUGUGUUGAUGUCCAAUGAUAUUUGAAUGCUCAAGUAAUUUAGGCGAAGAUUGCCAUAUCCGAAAAGCAGCGCGUUUUUAUAUUCCGGUGGCAUUCCAAUAUGAAUUUUAAUGUAAAUAUAAUAAAAUGUAAAAUAGCACUAAACCUCAAUAGUGGCCUUAAUGUAAUUUAGAUAUUAAGUAAUUUUGUACUUUUGUAUUAUAAUGUGGACUGUACUUAAUGUUACUUCUGUGAAUGUUUGUAUAAAUGGACUGUAAGGAUGGUUUAACGUAUAAUAUGUUAUACAAAUGAAUUUAUAUUAGUGUAAUAUACAAAAUAAUUUUUAUUCAUAAUAAUCGUAAUUAGCUCUUUAUUUUUAGUUAUUGUUUUUGAUAUUUAGUUUAUUUGUAUCGUAUUUACUACCAUUUCGAAAUAUAAUUCAUAAUAACAAUACUCAUCAUGUUUUAGUGGUCUGUAUUCCAUCACAAUUAUUACCACUUUAGUGAUUAAUUACGUUUAUACAUGAAAAUAAAUUAAACAUGUCUAUAUUUAUAAAAUUA